UAGUAGGAGUAGGAGUAGGAGUAGGAGCUGAGCUGCCCGUGAAGGACGUCAUGAAGAUACAUUGUAGGUGUGUGAAUGAAUGAGAUGCUGAGUGAAAAUUGACUCAAGAAUCAAGAUGGCUAACUCUUUCUCCAUCCUGUUGUCAUACAUUGACAACCUUCUAUGGGGUUGCACACAACUAUUUUAUGCGAUUGUCUUCAUCAUCAAUUUCAACUACCAGCUCGUGAUGAGUAUAUAUAGAUGCAUUGUCCAACUAUGGGCGCUGUCAAUACAAACUGUGCUGUAUACUGCCAAUGCUUUUGUGUUCAGCAUCGAGUUCCUUGCCGGGUUACCGGUCCGGAGUUACCACAUGGGAAAGUACCUGAUUGAACUAGUCCAGAACCUGAUGAGCAAUGCAAUUCAAGGUUUUAUGUCAUGGUCCUGGGAAGCUCUUGUGUACACUGGGGAGUUGCUGGGAAACAUCGUUAAGAAUCUACUGUUAGCAUUCAUGAGUAUUUGGACUCAGUUUUUAAAUCUAGUCGUCUUCCAGUUUACCCUGCUUGCUGAUCUUUUCACUUCACUGAUUGGAUCGACCUACAGUCAUAUGAAAGAAGCUCAAGAAAACACUGUACAUCUCAUGCACAGUGUUGGAAGUGAUACCAGAGAAUGUGUGCAAGGUGUCUGCAGCCUAAUCUACCAGUUCUUCAUCACUGGAGUAGCCUACCCUAUUUCAUUUGUAAAUGCUUGCACCAAAAAUAUGAUCGAUGGACUGUAUAUCUUUAUGAGCAUAUUGAAGGCUAUAGAAGAGUUUGUUCUUGGAAUUUUUGAAGAUGUGAUCGAGUUGUUGUAUUCAAGCAUCAGCAUCAUUAUGAAUGUUUUUUAUGAUAUUGUGAAUGCUUUCAAAGAAAUAUCCACAUUCUUUAUCAAUGUAAUAGACUAUGUUGGCCAAGCUCUGAUUGACUCUGUUGAUAGUGCUGCAGAAGCAUACUCAUCACUUACUUUGUUCGUUGGAAAGAACUGGGUCGCCCUCUUGGCUCUAGCUCUCUGUGUAUUCGUGGUGUGGGUUACUAUCUAUAUGAACGGACAACACGAGAGAAAUAUCCAACACAUCAUCCAUGAUCUCACUCGGCUAGUGAAUAACUUCACACAAUCUAGAUCACGCAAUGUCAACAGAGAACCCCUGAGACCUGAAGGUCAUCUUCACCAGGAUGUUCUUCCUGAAGAUCAGCAGCAAGGUGACCUUGAUGUUCUUAAUGAAGCAGAAGAGAAUAGAGAUGAUGUCUUGGAUCAGGAUGUACCAGCAGGUGCAGUAGGAGGUUUAGGAGACCAUCCUGGUCCAAGCCGAUCAACCCACCACACACCAUACUCAUUUCGAUCACGGCCAUUCACACCGUCGGGUGAACCCGCUGAAGGAAGUGGCUCGGUUGAAUGUCUUGUGAGUAAACUUAAGAACAGAUUAAGCGAGGAACAGGAAAGACAAGCAUGUGUGGUAUGUCUGGAUGCAGUGAAGAAUACACUCUUCAUGCCAUGUCGUCACCUGUGUGUCUGCGUACCCUGUGCAGACAGAAUAGUCAGUAAUGAUGACAUAUAUAUGCGGAUCUGUCCUCUGUGUAGAUCUAGGAUUGGAUCGAUUGUUGAGGUUUAUAGUUGAGUAAAAAAGACAUAUUGCGAGGUCAUUUAAAAUGAACUUCCUUGCUGCUAAUUAUUUGUGUGAUGAUCGUUCAAAAUGAUCUUUCAUCGCAAGAUUUUUUAAAGUAAACCAAAGCAGCUUUAAAUUAGGUCUACAUGAAUAUGUUUCUUGCUUACUGAUACCAAAUACAAUGUAUAUGAAAGUCAAAGGUAUAUGAUCAACUGUACUGUCAUCCUACAUAAUGACAGCAAUAGAAUGAGUGGUUGAAAUCAAUGUUCAUGUUCCCAUAUUCAAGCUUAGCCUACAUUGUGAAGGGAGCCACGCAAGGUUCUCUAGUCUGAUUAGGAAUUCCUUGAGUUGCUCUGCAUUCUUGACAGUGACUUCUCGCAAUCUCCAUUUUUUUUAUCGAUGAUGAGGAUUUGCAAUGAAUAGACUCCCACUGAUGUAGUAGUUUGUAGAGACUUUUCAAUUUGCAUGUUCACUAGUGGACGACUAAGGAUGUCAUAAUAGUCUGUUCUGUGUUCAUGGCAUACAUGUACAAACAAAGUGGAGUGAAGCAACACACUGACCAUACCCCAAAAUUCCACUGAUGUUGCCUGACAUAUCAAUUAUUUGUGACAUCAACAGGGGUCCCCUAAAUAACAGGAAGUGGACAGUGUACUGGCAAAGAAAAUGCUGUGUAUUGCCAUCAGCUAAAGCAAACUCUUUGCACUCAACUAGUAAAUCAAAAAGUUCUAUGUUUAGAAGUUGGAUCAAAAGCUUGAGUUUCUGUACCAUCAGUUGUUCCACUCAACUCUGUUAAGUACACUUUCAUAGUAUACAUGUAAGUGUCUUGAGAUGUUAUUGAAAUGGUAGUCAAAUGUUAGAAAUUUUUAAUACUCAGAAAAGACUUUGAUUCCUUUCUGUUACAAGCUGUGUUCUAGUAACUGUGGACUGUGCAACAGUCAUUUAUUUUAAAUUCAUUCCUAUGUAUAUUUCCAUCCUGAAUCUUCAGUACUUUGAUUUUAUUUCUAAGCUUGCCAAUGCCAAAUGUGGAUUUUUUUUGUUUUGUGUCUUGUGUUUACAAGUUCUAGUAAGGAAAUUGCUAUAUUUGACUCUCAUUCGACAUGUAAUUUUAAAAACUUACAAAAGUGUAUAUAGUAUGUGGAGUGGACUUUGAUAUUGUCAUUAACUGAUUUCUUAUGAAAUUUUGAAGAUGACCAUUCAGGCCUGAAAUUUCUGUUUUAGGGCAAGGCCAAUUUUCAAAAGGGCAAAGUUGUAUUUCACAUCAAUGUAGGAAAAUAAAAAAGGGCACGGAAAACAUCAACUGGCCUGCGAAAUAGGCAUUGUGGCCAACAAUGCCCAUCCAAGGUCAUGGCCAGAGAUUAAUUUAAGGUAGGUUUGAAGCCAUGACCAUUACUGAGAUAUAGCACCCUCUAAUGUUAUUAAAAAAUAUAGGUAUUCCAAGCACUUUUCUUGGAAAAAAAAACCAUUCGUGUACUUUGCAUAUUGUAUAUUUAUGAACAUUUUACAUGUAUAUUGAAAUGUCCCCUUGCAUGCUUGAAAGUGUUUUUAUCCAAAAAUUCAGAAAAUUAGGUUCCAUUUUGUUUAUUUCAUUAAAUUGUAGCAGUUAGACUGUAUGUUUCAAACGAAAACAUACAUGUUUUUUUAUAUGAGACAUUUGCUCAUUUGAUCUAUAAAUGAAUUUGAAAAUAAAUAAUCUGUACAUGGUAUACAUACACAUGUAGAUGAUCCCUAGAUACCAACAUUUGAUAUACAUGUAUGUACAUGUAUAAUAAACUUUAUGAGAAAAAUAUGCCAUAUAGGGCUGCUAUACAUAAUUAAGUACUAAAUUAGGCCUACUGUUAACAGCACUUAAUUCUUUGUAUUCAUAUCACAGACUGUACUAUUUCUAAUCCAAUCCGUAUGACUUUUUAUAAUUUACAACAUCAUUUUUGGCAAGCAAAUUGUUUGAAAAAUUAGGCACAUAUGUAUUUCAUUUUCAUCAUUGUUGAAUAUAAUCAUACCUGAUUAUCAUUUUAUUUAAGACAUGCACAUGUAAGAUUUUUUUUAAAACUUUAAUUGAAAUUGCACCUUAAUCAUUUGGAAAUAUCAUGCUUGGUACAAUGUACUUGUACAUGAUUGUUAAUCAAAUCCACCAGAGAUUUGCAUCAUGGUCAUAUAAAUUUAGUGUGUAAUAAUAUCAUUGCAUGUUACCUCAUAAUUUUUUCAGUAUUAAGAAUUUUCUGAUGAGCAGGUACAUGUAUGACAACCCCCAUUUCUAUACCCCACCCCCCGGUCCCCCCCCCCCCACAUCCUGAGAUCCACAACCUUUGUGUUCAAAUAUUUGUUUUAAUAAUACACUGUCAUUUUGGAGGUUAAUUUGGAAAGAUGUUUAUGUACAUUAGCUCAUGUACGUAUAUAUAGUUUUUCUUUCUGAUAAUUUUUUUUUCAGUAAGAACUGUGUACUGGCACUGUAGAAAUAUGAAUUAUAUUUCAAUUCAAUUCAUUUAUUUGACAUCCUUUAAAAAACAUAUGUAUCAUUUGCAGGUGGAGAGUGAAUUUCUACUGUGUACUGUAUUAUGGCAGGUGAUUAUGCACAGUGCUAUGUACAUGCAGCUCAAUUCUAUUCAUGGUAAUUUAUCAUGUAUACUCCAAGUUAUCUUGGGUUUUCCCCAUAUUAUCUGGGAGAUGUACAUGUACAUGUACCUCUGAGUUGAAUGUAAAUUGCAAAAUUAAAUGUUUGUUUUUGUGACAGUUGACUUUGGUACUACUACUGUAUCAAGCAAUUUGAUUUGAAAAUGACCUUACAUUGGAAGUUUAUUUGUGGUUUCCCCAAAUUGAUGAGGAAACCUAUGAACCUACCAGUUUAAUGUGAAUGACAAGCUGUUUAUUUUAUGGCAUUUAACUUUUGUAUCACCUGCGUUGUUUGUCGUACUCAAAGAAUUUUGUGUAAAUAAAAGAAAUGUUCUAAUGCAUGUGAAGGAAAUUGAUAUUGUUGGUAUUCUUCCUAUUCAAAUUAAUCUUGAGUAUGAUCACAUCCUGUGGGGAAAUUUGGUGAACUGAAUUAAAAUGCAUUUUCAUUAGACUACAAAAAUGCAUAAACCUAGCAAGGGAGAUAGAUCUUUGUAUGUCUCUGUUGGUAAUCAUAACUUAUGAUGUGUAUUCUUCUAUGCUUUUAAAUCAUUCAUUGUGGUAUGUGGGUAGGGAUCUGAGAUCAUUAUGUAUGUGUACAUAAGACAUGUAAACAUUGUUAUUUUGCUUAAUAAAAUGUGUCACUCUUGUACUCUUGUAUUUUGAUUUUCUGAUGAUAUACAAUACCCAGGCCUAUGUUAAUACUUUUAAUGAGAGGUGAAUUUUAUUUCUGAAAUAUUAAAUCUGUUUGAAUUGUUCUUA